GCGCAGAGGGGCGGUGUGGGCCAGGAGAGGCGGCGCGUGCGCAGAGGGGCGGUGAGCGCUAAGAGGGGCAGCGCGUGCGCAGAGGGGCGGUGUGACUUAGGACGGGGCGAUGGAAGCUAAGCGGGGCGGCGCGUCCGCGGAGAUGUGACUGGUGGGACCUGCGGCGGCACCCAGAUGAUGGUCGCCCUCCUGGGCGCGACGACCCUAGUGCUCGUCGCCGUGGCGCCAUGGGUGUUGUCCGCAGCCGCAGGUGGAAAAAAUCUAAAAUCUCCUCAAAAAGUAGAGGUCGACAUCAUAGAUGACAACUUUAUCCUGAGGUGGAACAGGAGCGAUGAGUCUGUUGGGAAUGUGACUUUUUCAUUCGAUUAUCAAAAACCUGGGAUGGAUAAUUGGAUAAAAUUGCCUGGGUGUCAGAAUAUUACUAGUACCAAAUGCAACUUUUCUUCACUCAAGCUGAAUGUUUAUGAAGAAAUUAAAUUGCAUAUAAGAGCAGAAAAAGAAAACACUUCUUCAUGGUAUGAGGUUGACUCAUUUACACCAUUUCGCAAAGCUCAAAUUGGUCCUCCAGAAGUACAUGUAGAAGCUGAAGAUAAGGCAAUAGUGAUACACAUCUCUCCUCCUGGAACAAAAGAUAGUGUUAUGUGGGCUUUGGAUGGUUUAAGCUUUACAUAUAGCUUAGUUAUUUGGAAAAACUCUUCAGGUGUAGAAGAAAGGAUUGAAAAUAUUUAUUCCAGACAUAAAAUUUAUAAACUCUCACCAGAGACUACUUAUUGUUUAAAAGUUAAAGCAGCACUACUUACGUCAUGGAAAAUUGGUGUCUAUAGUCCAGUACAUUGUAUAAAGACCACAGUUGAAAAUGAACUACCUCCACCAGAAAACAUAGAAGUCAGUGUUCAAAAUCAGAACUAUGUUCUUAAAUGGGAUUAUACAUAUGCAAACAUGACCUUUCAAGUUCAGUGGCUCCACGCCUUUUUAAAAAGGAAUCCUGGAAACCAUUUGUAUAAAUGGAAACAAAUACCUGACUGUGAAAAUGUCAAAACUACCCAGUGUGUCUUUCCUCAAAACGUUUUCCAAAAAGGAAUUUACCUUCUCCGCGUACAAGCAUCUGAUGGAAAUAACACAUCUUUUUGGUCUGAAGAGAUAAAGUUUGAUACUGAAAUACAAGCUUUCCUACUUCCUCCAGUCUUUCACAUUAGAUCCCUUAGUGAUUCAUUCCAUAUCUAUAUCGGUGCUCCAAAACAGUCUGGAAACAAGCCUGUGAUCCAGGAUUAUCCACUGAUUUAUGAAAUUAUUUUUUGGGAAAACACUUCAAAUGCUGAGAGAAAAAUUAUCGAGAAAAAAACUGAUGUUACUGUUCCUAAUUUGAAACCACUGACUGUAUAUUGUGUGAAAGCCAGAGCACACACCAUGGAUGAAAAGCUGAAUAAAAGCAGUGUUUUUAGUGACGUUGUGUGUGAGAAAACAAAACCAGGAAAUACCUCUAAAAUUUGGCUUAUAGUUGGAAUUUGUAUUGCAUUAUUUGCUCUCCCGUUUGUCAUUUAUGCUGCGAAAGUCUUCUUGAGAUGCAUCAAUUAUGUCUUCUUUCCAUCACUUAAACCUUCUUCCAAUAUAGAUGAGUAUUUCUCUGAACAGUCAUUGAAGAAUCUUCUGCUUUCAACUUCUGAGGAACAAAUCGAAAAAUGUUUUAUAAUUGAAAAUAUAAGCACAAUUGCUACAGUAGAAGAAACUAAUCAAACUGAUGAAGAUCAUAAAAAAUACGGUUCCCAAACUAGCCAAGAUUCAGGAAAUUAUUCUAAUGAAGAUGAAAGUGAAAGUAAAACAAGUGAAGAACUACAGCAGGACUUCGUAUGACCAGAAAUGAACUGUGUCAAGUAUAAGGUUUUUCUGCAGGAGUUACACUGAGAGCCUGAGCUCCUUGCCUUCCUGUCAGUAACUACAAAGAGGACAUUUCCCUGUUUGGGGGAAGAAAAAACAUCUUCAGAUGAUAGGUCCUAAAAAUACAGGCGUGGUGGCUCACGCCUGUAAUCCCAGCACUUUGGGAGGCCGAGGCAGGCAGAUCACGAGGUCAAGAGAUCGAGACCAUCCUGGCCAACAUGGUGAAACCCCGUCUUUACUAAAAAUACAAAAAUUAGCUGGGCGUGGUGGCGGGCGCCUGUAGUCUCAGCUACUCGGGAGGCUGAGGCAGGAGAAUCACUUGAACCCAGGAGGCGGAGGGUGCAGUGAGCCGAGAUCGCGCCACUGCACUCCAGCCUGGCAACAGCGUGAGACUCUUUAAAAAAAAAAAAAGAAGAAAAGAAAUUAAAAGAGUUGAGACAAA